GUGUUUCACAAACACAAAUUCAGCUGUUUCCCAACUCCACUGAAAUUACACCCAUUUCCUGCAGGAUUAAGAACAGGUCCUACUCUCAGGUCUCCUUGGCACAUGAUCGUGCGGCACAAAGGGAAUUGGCACUCAGCACUAUCACUGUCAUGUCCAAAGAGCAGACCUCUCAUUUCUAGGACUAAGGGCAGAAUAAUUUCAUAGAGCACAUCAAACCUUUACAACUGGCAAACAAGGUUCUCAAAAUGCAUUUGCAAGGAGGUACAGAAGAUGAAAAAGGGGUCAUUAAAAAUAUAGCAGUAUCUCUGAAAAAGUCACUGGAUGCUUGCAACCAGAGAGGUUUCUGACCAAGUUGUCCUGGGAUCCAAAUGCAGCAACAAUUACGGUUCAUGCAUAUUUAAUGACUGUUAAAUGAACAGGUAAUAUAUCUGAUAAAGGCUGGCCUAGUUGAGCGUAUUACUGAAGUUUAGCUACCACAAACCCAAAACUUAAGGAAAGCAAUGUGCCUUUUUAAGCUUUGGACUGGUUAAGAACAGUGUCGUUUAUAUACAUACCUCUUUGCUGUCAUAAUACAUUGUUUCUUCCAUUUUCUAUGGACUAUAGCAACAAACUUUAUUGCUCUCUCCAAAUUAGUGUUUCCUAGCCCACUGCACUAACAACUACUCAGGAACAUUUUCAGUGCAAAUGAGCAGUUCAGGCUUUAAAAGAGAUUCCAUGUGGUCAUAUAAACCCAAUUACUUACAUUUAUUUUUUACAUUUCUGCUCUUGCUGGCAGUUGUUUAUACAUCUGAGUAUUCCUCUGAUAUCCCAUCACCACCAAACCUGUAUGUUGACUGGUUUUGUAUAUGCUUGUUGUCACAGCACAGGUGGGAAAAUAAGCAUAGGGAGACAAAAUAUAUAGAAUAUAUAGGACAAAAAUAAUUUAAAAAUAAGAUACUGAAACCCUAAAAACACUGAUCAGAGAGCUCUUAAAAAUCAAACUCUAGCCUUCCACUUUGUCAAGACAGAUUUCUGAAAUGAGCCAUUUGUGUCCAUUACCAAUUCCCUUCAUACAGAAUAAUACGCAGCGUGAUUCCUAGCCAACACUGGGAACUGGGGCCCAGCCCGAGCUGGCUGGGUUUGGCCCCGGUGCCGGUGAAGCCUGCGCUCGGCUCCGCUCCGCCCGCCCGGGGCGCUGGGCGAGCGCUGAGCUCCGCCGGGCCCGGCCCUCCGCGGAAACCUCCGCCCGCGGGCAGGGAGGGGGAGACCGGGGAGAGGAAGACAAGGAGGCGGGGAAGAGCGGGAGAAGAGCGGCGGACGGCGGUCCCGGCGGCGGGAGUGGCCCCGGGCGCGGUGCGGGGAGGCCGGGCCAGCUCCGGGGAGGCCGGGCCAGCUCCGGGAACCAUUGCUCCGCGGGGAAUCUUCCCCUCCGCCCGGGACAAUAGGGGCCCGGGCGGCCGCGAUGGACUCCGGCAGCGAGACCCACGAACUCAACGGGACGGCGGAGGGCGCGGAGUCGGCGGCCGAGGAGCAGCGCAGAAGGUGGCAGUGGUUCCAAAGGAACAGACCCAUCAACAUCAACCACUACGCCAACAAGAAGAGUGCGGCCGAGAGCAUGCUGGACAUCGCCCUGCUGAUGGCCAAUGCCUCCCAGCUCAAAGCUGUCAUGGAGCAAGGGCCCUCUUUUUCCUUCUACGUCCCGCUGAUCAUUCUCAUCAGUCUGUCGCUCACCCUGCAAAUUAUAGUGGGAGUGCUCCUGAUAUUCCUUGUAAAAUAUGACCUUAACAACCCUGCAAAACAUGGAAAGCUGAAUUUCCUCAACAACCUUGCAACUGGACUGGUAUUCAUUAUAGUAGUUGUGAAUAUUUUUAUCACUGCCUUUGGAGUGCAGAAACCAGUUGCUGAGCCAGCAUCAAGACAGUAAGGACCAGUUCUUGCAGAUACCCAAGCUCACUUCCCAUUAGUGCAAAAGCAGAAGCUGCUGGGAACUGGUAAGUUAUUACAAUGUGUUUGUGAAUGUGGAGUUCAAAAGUUGAUGUCAGCACAUGUGUCACCCAUAGGAAGUGUAAGGAUUGUCCUGGCCUAGCCACUCCUUUUCCUUACUGCUGACUGAGACAAUAAGGAAAAUAAUGUUGUUCUGCUUUCUCCAAUUGCCUCUUCUUUUUUUUAAGGAAGGUUUGCAUGCAGUCAGUUACUUAACACUGAAGACAGUCUGUUUCCAAGUAGCUAGGGCUGUUAAAUCUGACAUGUAACACUGCACAUGCUGGAGCCUCCCAGUUCCUGUGCAGGCUUCAGAUCGUGUGACUCCUCUGUCCUCCCCAGGACAGGGCUUUGCUCUGUGGGAGACUCAGCUCACAAAGAUGAGCACUGUCACUUCACAUGUGGCCAUUUAGGACAAUGUGGUUGCUCUACCUGCGCUUGCAGCUUUGUUCUUUACUUAUACAGAAGAAUAAAUAUAGGAAUUGUGGGGAUCGAACUGGGUAUCUUCCUAGCAUCAUAGCUAUGAUGAGCAGAUUGGGAGGAGAUAAACCUAAAUUAUAGGCUUGUAAUGCAAGAAGCACCAUGAUCAACAUCUGCCUUUAAAAUAGCACUGCUAAGUCUGUGCAUGCCAACAUUGCUCUGGCACUUGGUCUCCUAGAUCUCAGCCCAGGGUCAGAGACCUGCUGCAGAAGGAAUGACUGGGCUGACAGGCCAUGGCUGCACUCUGUACUACACAGCCAGCCCGUGCAAGUAACAUUACUGCUUUGUGCAAACUUCUACAGGAAACCCUUUCUCCAUGAAAAAGAAGAUACAAGGCCUUUAAACCGUUAAUCUGUAGAUGAAUGGUGCAACAGAAAUCUGCAACAAGAAUGGGAGUCAAACCAAAAUUUACCAUCAGUCAAAACAGCAUGGGGGGAAAUGAGUGUAAAAAAUUAUUAGGAAAAUGAAAACCUACAGUAAUUUUUGUCAGGGUGUGGGUGUAAUUUUCUGCUUUAACCAAAACCUGUGAAAUUCUGGCAGGGAAACAAGAUACUUUUAAUGCAUUUUCUGGCCAUAGUCUCUAUAAAAACACUAAUAAAUAUUUAACUUUAACAGCAAAGAACACAUAGAUUAUCUGAGGUAUUAUCCAAAAUGCAGGUAGAAUGUUGACUUCAGCAGUAUAUGUUAAAGCAGUACUGAAGCACUAACCCCAAAAUUACACUGGCAAAACCAAGAGAGCUGCAUGAAGGAUUAUUGGAAUUUUAGCUGCCUUCACGGGACGAAACACACAAUACCAGAGACAGAGGCAGAGACAAGGGUCUGAAAUAGGCAUAAGGAAGCUCAGAACAGAACCAGCAGGUGUGGGCUCCUGCCUCCAUGCUCUCAUACUUGCAGUUUCCUAAUUAAACAGCCAAAUGUGGUGUCCAGAACCUAUUUUUUGCUGCAGACUUGUUAAAUGUGAAAGUUCUGCAUUGCUUUGGAACAUUACAGCUGUUGUUUGCUCAUAUGUACCCAUUGCCCUUGCUAAAAACAUCUGAUCAUCUGAAUGUAACCUGAAAAGUAAGUGUUUUUCAGUCUGCUGCCACAGUCUCCUCAAACCCCUGAUUGAAGUGGGUGGCCACCAUGUUCUGGCUUCACCUUUACUAUUAUGCACCCUUUUCCACAGAAAAUUUAAUUCCCCCUUUAAAGCAAAUGUGUCAUUUACUAUAAUUCCUGUAUCACUAAAAUACCAAUAUCUUUGUG